AAAUCUUCGACAUUCAUCUGGAGAAUCCUAAAGAAUAUAAGAGCUUUAUGGACGAUUUUCACAAAUCCCUAGAUGUCAUUGGCCGGGGAGAAGAGCCACAUAGCAUACGGGUGCUGUUGGAACCAUCGAAAAUACCAACCAUCAAAAACUAUCUAAAGAAACACCACCUGACAUAUGCCACUAUCAAUAACAAUGUUGCUAAGAGUGUGCACAUCGAAAGAGUGGUUCAACGUGCCAGUCGUUCCGCUGCCAACAAUAAUGACGACGAUAUCAACUUUUAUAGCUAUCAGCGUUUUGACGUUAUCAAUAAAUACUUGGAUAGAUUGGCAGCGGAGUUCCCCCAACAGGUGAACACUGUGGAAUUGGGCCAAUCGUAUGAGGGUCGUACCCUAAAAGCUAUACACAUUCACAGCCAGCAGAGCGGUGACAAAUCGGAAAAGAAACCUCUCAUAUUCAUAGAUGCUGGCCUGCAUGCCCGCGAAUGGAUUGCCCAUGCAACGGCUUUGUAUGUCAUACAACAAUUGGUUGAAAAUGCAACAUUCUAUCGAAGGGAAUUGGAAAUGUAUGAUUGGCUGAUAUGGCCGGUGGUGAAUCCCGAUGGUUAUGAAUAUUCCCAUACGAGCGAAAGAUUUUGGCGUAAAACAAGACAACCCGAUCCAGAGGGGUAUUCCAAAUGUGUGGGGGUGGAUUUGAAUCGAAAUUUUGAUUUCUAUUGGGCUUUUGUGGGUAGCUCUUUUGAUCCCUGUGAUAUUGAUUAUCAUGGACCUGAACCAUUUUCAGAGCCGGAAGCAGUUGCCUUAAGGGAGCUGCUGUUCAAGGUGAACGAUACAUGUAAAAUGUAUCUCACACUGCAUUCGUAUGGUGGUUAUUUCCUGUAUCCCUGGGGUUAUGAUAAUGUUUUACCCCCAAAUUGGCGUUAUUUGGAUGCCGUUGCCCGUGCUGGGUUAGAAACUAUUCGCAAUGCUUCCGGAUCUUUUUAUACGGCAGGCAGCAGUGCCCGCACCCUGUAUCCCGCCUCGGGAGCCAGUGAUGAUUUUGCCUAUGGUGUGGCCAAAAUUCCUGUUGUCAUGUGCAUGGAGUUACCUUCCGGUGGUAGUGGGUUUGAUCCCCCUGCUGAUCGUAUACUGCCUUUGGUCGCAGAAAGUUGGCAGGGGAUACGUGCUAUGACACGGGAGGUUCAUGAUUAUCCCUUACGUAAUGGUGCAAGAGAUAUUGAAUUUAAUUUAUUGUUGGGAAUUGGAAUUUUAUUAUUUGUUUUUAUUCAAUUUUAAAAUCUAAUACAAAAUAUUGGAAACUAAAAAAAAGAA